GGGAGAGCUCUUAUCUCUUGAGCUGUGCAGAGCUGAUUUUGUCUUAGAAGGGGCACAGAUGCAAGGAUGGUUUUCUGAGUUCAGGAUUUCAGUGUCGUUUUUGAAGGUACUGAAGCAACUGCUACCCAAUGCUCUGGUGAAUGUAUCAUGUGGACUUUCCUGGCCUCACGUGAGACUGGAGUUCUUCACUAAAGAUGGACGAUUUCGCCAUACUUGACCUGUUGGAAUGUCCUGUGUGCUUUGAAAAGCUAGAUGUCACGGCCAAGGUGCUACCAUGCCAGCAUACCUUCUGCAAGCCUUGUCUACAGGGGAUACUGAAAUCCCAAAACGAGCUGAGGUGCCCGGAGUGCAGAACCCUAGUCUUCUGCAGCAUUGACGAGUUACCGUCCAACUUGCUUCUAAUUCGCUUACUGGACGGUGUCAGAUAUGGACAAAAUGUUACGAGGUUUGGCUCAGUCCAAAGAUCUCGGGUCCUGACCUCUCCUGCUUCCAUCAGGAGAGACAGGGGAGAUCCAAGAGGUUUACAGCUUAAUCAGUACAGGCUGGCACCAAAUCCCAGGAUCCAUAUGGAAGGGGUUCCCCGGGCCAGAGCCUUGUACAGCUACAGAGGACAAAACCCUGGCGAACUGAGGUUCAAUAAAGGGGACAUCAUCAUAUUGCACCGACAGCUGGAUGAAAAAUGGUACUUGGGAGAGAUCAAUGGGGUCAGUGGGGUUUUCCCAAGCAGCACAGUGCAGGUUAUCAAACAACUUCCACUGCCACCACCCCUGUGCAAAGCACUUUACAACUUUGAUCUGAGAGAGAGAGAUAAAAAUGAAAAUAAGGACUGCCUGACAUUUCAUAAGGGCGAUAUCAUCACAGUGAUUAGCAGAGUUGAUGAGAACUGGGCAGAGGGAAAGUUAGGUGAUAAAAUAGGGAUCUUCCCCAUCUUGUUUGUGGAGCCAAACAUGACUGCAAGACAACUCCUACAGACAAAGAAAAGCCACCGAUCCCCCUCAUUUAAAUAUUCAUCACCUUUAAGGACAGCCUCUCCCAGAGCGAAAGGCACAGAGUCACCAAACUUCCGCAAGGUGUCAGAAUCCAGAAGGAAGAGCCUGAGACCAUUCUCUAUCACGAGUGCUUUGAAUUCACUCAACAGGAUGGUCCACUCACCCACAGAGCGGCAAACACUGGAAAUCAGCUCACCAGUGCUCAUCAGCUCCAGUAAUCCUACUGUGGCAACCCAGAGCAGCGAGAAAGUGGAAUUCCCAUAUGGCCCCCCGGUCCAGGUCAGCGCUUCUUAUUAUACUGCACCAGGAUCCCUGGGGCACUCAACUGCCAUCGUCACCCUUCCGCAUCUUCAGCAACACAUAUCAGCUAAUAUGUGUGUCGCUCUACACUCCUACACCGCUCAUGGACCGGAGGAGCUGGAUUUGCAGAAGGGAGAAGGUGUUCGUGUUUUCGGGAAGUACCACGAAGGCUGGCUCAGGGGAAUGUCAUUGGUCACUGGAAGAGUUGGGAUCUUCCCCAGUAACUAUGUCGUCCCCCUUUUCAGGAAGUCACCCAAUUUCUCUGAAUCCAGGAUGCCUUCCCUGUAUGCCACUUGGACGUUAUCCACUGGCUCACUCUCCUCCCAGGGGAGCAUCUCAGAGAACGGCCCAAGGCAAAGCAGGCCUUUGAAAUCAGCCUUCAUGCCCACGGUGCUGUCUUCGCCACUGAGAAACGUAGCUGUGCCGGCCACCUCAGGACAAACAUCACUGAGGCGAGGACGCGGCAGUACUAGGAAGAAUGGAUCACUGCAGAGACCUGUGCAGUCCGGAGCUCUUCCUCAGGUUGUCGGCUCCCUCAGUCGCGCUCCAGUUGCCACGGUGCGGCCCCAGCAACUUCAGCUUUACCAGCAUGUCUCCUCUCAGCCCCCUGUCACCCCUGGCAUGGCGGACCCAGGAGCCAGGCCAAGCGCCUCCCAUGAUGCUUCAUUGCUGCUUGUGCCCAGGGCAGGUGAAAGCAGAUCUCCUUCUGUAUGUAGCUCAAUGAUCCUGGAUGCCAAAGAAUCCCCAGCAAAAAGCGAGCCAGCUCCAAAGCCACCUCCAUCAGCUCCGCCCUCCAUCCUGGUGAAACCAGAUACCUCCCGGAACAGCACCGAAAAGCAAGUGAAAACAGUGCGAUUUCAGAACUACAGCCCGCCUCCGUCCAAGCGGCACAGCUCACAGCCGUCGCCAAACCAUCCCGGUGGCAACACUGAGCAGACAGCCCAGCCAGAAGCAAACACCCUGGGCCCUGACAUGACAGCUCUCUAUUCGCACCGACUCAGCUCCAGCCCAGUGCAUCUGAGGAGGACGCCGCACCCAAAGACACCAUCGCUGGAUCUUUCUGCCCAGGCUGGGCAACUGACCUUCCCUACCAAAAAGAACUACAGCAGCGUUUCUGAGAACUGACAGGUUUUUUUCCCAUUCAAUUGCUUUCCUUUUCAAAUGGGGCUUUCGCCUCUGUGAUAAAAUAAGCUCCCCACAGACCUCACACCAAAAUGCCACCACCCUGGCUUCUCCUUACAAGAGCUAGCGAUCCAGUCAGGAACUUACUAGACCCCAGUUCCAUGGGGAGCAAGGCCUCCUUCAGGCACUCACAAUAUCUGCAGCUGGCCAGCCAGUAACUCGGGGGCCUCUGAGGAACUGGCAUGGGGGUCAGCACCUCUCUCUAAUUUUAUGGUAGAGUCUCAUUUUAAAUGCAUCUGACUCACAUCCAGCAAGCCAUAUCUGUAUGUCAUGGCAAUGCAUCAAAUGUCAUCAGCCCACACUGCCCCAGUGAGUAGAUGCAAGCACCACAAACCAACAUGGAAUGGGUUUGUGGUCCCUGCAAAACCAGUGUUCUCUGGUAUCCUCCAAUUUCUUGCAGCCAGACUUAUAGAAAAGUGGAAGAGGGAAGAAGUGUGCAUAUAGCAGAAAUAGUUAAACCUUUUUUGAUCUCCUUUCUGCUAUGAAAGCCCAUAGAGAUCAAAACUCUGGUUCAUUACCUUUCUCAGCUCUACAGGAUAAAGAAACCAUAAAUCAAAUUCAGGCAGUUCCUGGAUGAAUUUUCAAGUUCCCCUUUGAUGGGUUUUUGCUUCAGUUUUUUGAGCCUGGGAGUAGAGGUAAUUUUCUGGGGAAGAGAACCCUGCCCUGCAAUCAGUACUAAGCUGUUUAUGACAGUCAUUGGGUCCUUGCAGUCAUAUGAUUUGGAUCCUGCUUCUGCUGGUUGGUUGGUUUUUUUCUGAGUUGUGGACAGUAUAGGAGCACUUCCUAGAUGCCUGUGAUCCAGCGGCAAUGUUAUUUCCCCGUUUAAAUCCUAAACGGAUUUUUAAAAAUCUGGGUCCACGUUGAAGUUCACGAAAUAGUUCUCUAAACAAUAUGAAGGAGAUUUGCACAUCUCCGUGACAUAUACCUUUCCUUCCCUCUCCCCAUCCCCUACCUUCAACUGAUCUUUCACUCUCUCUCUUAGCUAUGGAGCCACAGAAAUGAUAAGCAGAACUGGAAAGUGUAUCCAGCCCUUCCUCUGUGACUGAUGUUUAGCAAUUUGGCACAACGGGUUUGCUUGUCUGUGUGUACUUUGUUUUUAGUGCCAGUGCAAAGACGGUCCAUUCCCUUUCCAGCUGGAGCAUGGGAGUAUUCGAUCUCAUGACAAUGGCUGCUGGGCUGGUUCAAAGACCAUUGUAAAGUAACAUUCUUGCUUCAUUGCACAGACCCAAUCAAAUUAACUCAAUAAGUCACUCUAAGCUUUCUGGAUCAUUGGGACAGCCUCCAAGGGGGAAGUUCUCUCUUGGAAUUAAGGAAGGGCAAUGGAUGAAGCCAUGCUGUGAACAGACAGGUUUUUUUCAUGUUUACAUACAGAAAUAAAUAUACUGUAACCUCUAGCAAAGCACAGUUAUCACUGUGCUACACACCAAGGCCUCUCAAAACUUAACAGUGGCAGAGCUCAGAUCCUCCCAUUCCAAAAGCACAGCCCCCUAGCACCUUAAACUGUUUGAAAGUCUCCUUCAGCUGUUAGCAAUAUAAAUUAAAUGACACAUAGUUACACAAUUGACUCCAGCUAGCCAGAUAGGACUAUAUCUUUUUUGCCUGCCAAAGAGCCAGAACAGGAAUGAUGUGUGUCUAAUCCUACCCAGUCUUUCCCAUCCCAGCCUCCUUAAUCUGUACCCUCUUCCUCAGCCCAGUGCAUCUGCAGGGGCUGGAAGCAGAGACUCAUGGUACCCAGAAGUGUCCGACAGCCCCGGUCCUUUCAUAGCCCAAUAAUUAGGAUUCCUAGUUUUAGAUUAAAAUAGAUAUAACCCCUCUGAGACAAAAGUUUGGGAUUAAAAAAUAAAAACAAAGAAGCAGCCAGAUUUUGCCUAAAACUAAACACCUAAAAAUCAACAAUGCUAAAUACAAUUAUUGGUCUGCGGAAUUUUAGGGCAACAGACCACCUUAGGGCCAGAGGGACUGCCAGCUGGGAUCUGUGGUGCACCUAGUCCAGUAUACUGCCUAUGACCGCACCAGAUGCUUCAGAAAAUGGAGCAAGAAACCCCAUGGGGAGAUAAUCUGCCUCCCCUACCCCACCCUCAGAAGCUCUUGUUUAGUCAUAGGUGCUGGAACUAGGGGUGCUGCUGUACCCGCUGGCUUGACGUGGUUUCUUUUAUUUAUAUGUUUACGGUUUGGUUUAAUGGCUUUCAGCACCCCCCACUAUAAAAAUUGUUCCAGCACCCCUGGGUUUAGUAGUUCAUCAUCACACUGCACAAGUGCUAGCAACUGGCAUCUGCUUUCACAAAUUUAAAAAACCCCAUUCCGUGGCUAGAGGCCACCAAUGGCAUAGACAAAAGGCCUGAUUCUCCACUGCCUUGUACUGUGUGCUGUCCUUUAGCGUAUGUCUACUCUUGGAGCUGGGGGUGGGAUUCUCAGCUGGUGGAGACAUACAUGCACUCUCUCUGAUCAAGCUACCACACACAAUAGAGAGCUUGGUUACACUGGCGACACCUGAAGUAUGUACCCAUCUGAGAGGGUAGGCACGUACAUGGAGGCAAGUAGCCCCUCCUGCCACUCACACUGU